CGCGCGAGAACUACGCUUCCCGGCGUCCCUGGCGCUCGGCCGACCGCCGGGAGGAAGCGGCAGCGGCGCCUGUUGCUGCGGGCGCGCGCCAUGGGCUGGCUGUUGGGCGGGCUGCUGCUGCUGCGGCUCGGGCGGCCGCGGGCCCCAAUGGGCCGGGAGCAGGCGCGGGCCUGCAGCUCCUCGGCGGCCACCGACGGCCUUGAGGGUCCCGCGCGCCGGCGUUCCUACUGGCGGUACGCGCGGCGCCUGCUGCGGGGAGCGCCGCAGCCACCGUACCUGCACGUGUGCCAGGUUGGGGACCCAGCGCUGCGGACCGUGGCGGGCCCGGUGGAGCCCGCGCAGCUGGCGGGGCCCGAGCUGCAACGGCUGGUGCAGCGGCUCGUGCAGGUGAUGCGGCGCCGGCGCUGCGUGGGCCUGAGCGCGCCGCAGCUGGGGGUCCCGCUGCAGGUGCUGGCCUUCGAGUUCCCCGAGGCGCUCUUCCGCGCCUGCGCGCCGCGCCUGCGCGAGCUCCGCCAAAUGGAGCCCUUCCCGCUGCGCGUGCUCGUGAACCCCAGCCUGCGCGUGCUGGACAGCCGCCUCAUCACCUUCCCCGAGGGCUGCGAGAGCGUCGCCGGCUUCCUGGCCUGCGUGCCCCGCUUCCAGGCCGUGCAGAUCUCAGGGCUGGACCCCAAAGGAGAGCAGGUGGUAUGGCCGGCCAGUGGGUGGACAGCCCGAAUCAUCCAGCAUGAGAUGGACCACUUGCAGGGCUGCCUGUUUAUUGACAAAAUGGACAGCAGGACAUUUACAAACGUCCACUGGAUGGAGGUUAAUGACUAAACCAUUUGUGCUGGGGCUGAGGAUCUGGAAAAACAAGAUGCAGACACCAGCUUAAGCUGGGCACAUCUUACUUGGCUUCAACUUGGAACUGGCUCAGCAACAUGUGCUGGGUGGAGUUGGAGGAUGAUGGUAGAAAUGUUUGCUUCAUAGCCAGCUUUGGAUAGAGUACUGCUACUAGCUUGAGGAAUGCACACUCACUGAAAGAUAUUUUCUGACAAUUUUAUAUGGAGAGAAGUGGGACAAGUAAAUAACUAUUCUCAAGAGAAAUGAUUUCAUGAGACUUGCAUGAUCUACCUCCAAAGCCAAGAUAUGAUAAUAAUGCAGUCCCCAAACAUCUGAAAGCUGGUUUUAAAAAUUCAGGUAGGGCUGUGGUUGGCCAGUCUUUCCUGAGUUCUUUUCACAAAAGGCUUGUGUGUGUCUGACCUUCAGAAUCCUUGGUUCACUUUGGACAUCAAUUGCUGGUGGAAGUGAAAUACAGGACAAAAUAGUCCCAAGUCCAGGAAGUGUGUAAUGACAUAUUUAAACAGACUAGAUACAGUAGGUCUCCACCUUGUAGCUGCCAUGUUUAACAGACUUAGGGAAGAUUUGGGCUAUUUCUUAGGCAGCUGUGUUUGGCUCAUUUGAGGGGAAGUCUUGAAGCAGGUCUGGGGGCAGAGAUGAUAACUGAUGGGGGUAGUGAGUCUCUUCCUAUCACAAUUAGGACAAAAACAAAGCAGAACUGGUGCUUGCUGGUCCCUAAAAACAAAUUAACAUCAAGCUAUUAGAGAUUUAUCAAGAGGUGAUAGAUCUCCAGAAGUGGUUUAUUUCAUUUUUAUGUUGA